AAAGUUUUUCCUUCUUCUGCAGUGCUUACUAUCUCAGCCUAAGUUCUGGGCCAUGGAAGUCACAUCACUUUGCCUCAGGACCAGGCUUGAACGAGGGAGCUCUCGACACGUUGAGAGAGCUAUGAUGCAAACACAGGCGAUAGUGGACCACUUUGAAGACAAAAAUUGUCCUGUGACCGAGCGCCUCAAGGUCUUCUACUGCUGCCAAGCUCCUCCCAGAUGGGCUGUCCAGAAACAACUGGCCAGUCUGCUCACAGACCUCGGCUGUACCAGUUCUGCUCUACUUAUUUAUGAAAAGCUGCAGCUGUGGGAGGAUGCAGUUAUCUGUUAUGAGAGGCUGGGCCAACAUGGCAAGGCUGAGGAGAUAGUACGUCGGAAGUUGGAGAAGAAAGAGACGCCCAGUCUGUACUGCCUGUUGGGUGACAUCUUGCGGGACCAUCAGUACUACGACCGAGCAUGGGAGGUUUCUGGGCGCCGUAGCGCUAGAGCCAUGCGCUCAAAAGCCUUGCUGCACCUCCGCAAAAAGGAAUUUCAGCAGUGCAUUGAAUGCUUUGAAGAGUCACUUCACAUUAAUACCUUGCAGCUCGGCGUGUGGUUUUCUCUCGGUUGUGCCUACUUUGCCCUGGAGGGCUAUGAGGGAGCUGCAAAGGCUUUUCAGCGAUGCGUGGGACUGGAGCCAGAUAACGCUGAAGCGUGGAACAACCUCUCCACAGCCUACAUUCGACUACGACAAAAGAAAAAAGCCUUCCGUACCCUGCAGGAAGCCCUGAAGUGCAACUAUGAACACUGGCAGAUCUGGGAGAACUACAUCGCCGUGAGCACUGACAUUGGGGACUUUACUGAAGUCAUCAAGGCCUACCACCGACUCAUGGACCUCAGGGAAAACUACAAAGACAUAGAGAUUUUACAGGUCCUGGUAAGGGUGGUUGUGGAAAACCUAUCGGAUAUUCAUGGUCAGACAGCGAAAAGUCUGGAGUCAAAAGUCAAGGAGCUCUUGGGUCGAGUCAGUUCCCGCCACAGCAGUGACUCUCAAAUAUGGCAGCAGUACGCCCUGCUCUAUGGUAAUGGCCACAGCACCAAUACAGAGGACAACGAAAAGGCUCUGCAGUUCCUUUCUAAGGCCCAUCGGUGUGAGGUGCAGGCUGGAGGCUGGGAGAAAGAACCCAGUCUCUUCAAGGAUGUGAUCCAGAGAGCAAUAAAUAUGGGACAAGCCACUGUCAGUUGCAGUAAGAAGAAGAGGAACCCAGCAGAAGCUCUUCAGAUGCUCUCGUCCACCCGCCUCAACCUGAAGAGUCUGGUCACGAAAGCAAAGCAAACACACACAGACCUGGCCACUGGUGAAAUCCAUGCUGAGCUGCAAGACGGCAUUUGUAUGCUGGAGGGACUAAUAGCAGAGCUGCAGGAGCUGAGCGAGGACCUGCGACACCAAACGCAAUGACCGUCCUCAGAAACGCUCCAUGUUUCCACCAGUCAGCCUUAUGUACUGUUGAAAAUUGACACGAUCAAUGUAAAGCUAAGCCUUGUAAUAAAGAUGCUUUUAUAAUGUUAGCAGUGACAUU